AUGGUGGCCUACGCGUUGCAGGCAGGCUUGUGCCUGUUCAUGGUCGUCCCAGGACUGCCCGUGGGUGGCGACCAGCACCAGGUGCGGCUGCUCUCAUCCCCAGGGAGCCCAGCUGCUCCUGUUCCCAAAGGGCCCGGCCUCCCCUCAACCAGGAGGCUCUGGCUGCUGGCUGCCAGCCAACACCUGGGUCCUGCCCAGGCUCCCCCAAGCCCGCCACCGGCCUUCAGCCUCCCAGAUAGGCCCUGCAGACACUCCAGCCCCGGCCUCACCAUCAGCCCCUGGAUGCACAUCCUGACCCCACGUUCCACUUUCAUCCACCGAGAGCCACCCCUGUCCCUGCCACCCCUGCCUCCUUGGCAGUCCUUCUGCAAGGGCGCGUGCGGAGGAGACUCACUGCAGUCUCCCGGCAAAAGGGACUGGGAGGGGGCCUCCAGGGCCCACGCCCUGCCUGCCUGGUGCGGGUGGGCGGAGGGAGAAGGCGAAGUCUGUGACGGCGAGAGGCGCUCUGUGGAGCCGCAGCGCUGCGCGGAGCGCCCUCCCCUCUCGAGCCUCGCCUUCUGUGGUGUCCCGGAGCCCAGGGGAGCCCCACCCAUCGGGGCUUCCUCCUUCUGCCACCCCCUGGAGGAGGAUGUGGGGGUGUCACCCCUGGGCCUGCGCAAGCACCCACGCGUGUGCAGUGAGUCCCCAGGACUCUUUGGGGUCCAGCUCUCCCCAGAGGGUGGGAGCAGCUCUGGCCCCUCCCCACGAGAGGCUAGAAUGAGACUGCGCUCCUCAGCCACCCACGACAGUCUCGGUGACUCAGUCCUCCGUGCCCCAUCAUUGGCCCUUGAGGGCAGAGCUUCAUCCAGGGAAGACAUGGGCUUUGUCCAGUGCAGCCCACUCCAUGGAGGCCCCGUUAGUAAAUCACUGAGCGCCCAGCCCCUCGCAGGGGAGCCCCUGGUGCACGGCCUUGUGAAGCUGGGGAUUCACUGUGUCACGUGCCAAAAGGUCGCCAUCAAAAUCGUCAACCGGGAGAAGCUCAGUGAGUCUGUGCUCAUGAAGGUGGAGCGGGAGAUAGCCAUCCUGAAGCUCAUCGAGCACCCGCACGUCCUGAAGCUGCACGACGUCUAUGAAAAUAAAAAAUAUUUGUACCUGGUGCUAGAACACGUGUCCGGCGGAGAGCUCUUCGACUACCUUGUGAAAAAGGGGAGGCUGACUCCCAAGGAGGCCCGCAAGUUCUUCAGACAGAUCAUCUCCGCCCUGGACUUCUGCCACAGCCAUUCCAUAUGCCACAGGGACCUGAAACCCGAGAAUCUCCUCCUGGACGAGAAGAAUAAUAUUCGCAUCGCCGACUUCGGCAUGGCGUCGCUGCAGGUUGGCGACAGCCUGCUGGAGACCAGCUGCGGAUCCCCCCACUACGCCUGCCCCGAGGUGAUCCGGGGCGAGAAGUACGACGGCCGGAAGGCGGACGUGUGGAGCUGCGGUGUGAUCCUGUUCGCCCUGCUGGUGGGAGCGCUGCCCUUCGACGACGACAACCUGCGGCAACUGCUGGAGAAGGUCAAGCGUGGCGUCUUCCACAUGCCCCACUUCAUCCCGCCCGACUGCCAGAGCCUGCUGCGCGGCAUGAUCGAGGUGGACGCGGCGCGGCGCCUCACGCUAGAACACAUUCAGAAACACGUGUGGUAUAUAGGGGGCAAGAACGAGCCAGAGCCUGAGCAGCCCAUCCCCCGCAAGGUGCAGCUCCGAUCCUUGCCCAGCCUGGAGGACCUGGACCCUGACGUGCUGGACAGUAUGCACUCCCUGGGCUGCUUCCGCGACCGCAACAAACUGCUACAGGACCUGCUGUCCGGGGAGGAGAACCAGGAGAAGAUGAUCUACUUCCUUCUCCUGGACCGGAAGGAGCGGUUCCCGAGUCACGAGGACGAGGACCUGCCCCCCAGAAACGAAAUAGACCCCCCUCGGAAGCGUGUGGAUUCCCCCAUGCUGAACCGGCACGGCAAGAGGCGGCCGGAGCGGAAGUCCAUGGAGGUGCUUAGCGUGACGGAUGGCGGCUCCCCGGUGCCCGCCCGCAGAGCCAUCGAGAUGGCCCAGCACAGUCAGAGGUCGCGGUCCAUCAGUGGCGCCUCCUCCGGCCUCUCCACGAGUCCGCUCAGCAGCCCCCGGGUGACCCCUCACCCCUCUCCGAGGGGCAGUCCCCUCCCCACCCCCAAGGGGACGCCCGUGCACACGCCCAAGGAGAGCCCGGCGGGCACACCCACCCCCACGCCGCCUUCCAGCCCCAGCGUCGGGGGCGUGCCCUGGAGGACGCGGCUCAACUCCAUCAAGAACAGUUUCCUGGGCUCCCCGCGCUUCCACCGCCGGAAACUGCAAGUCCCUACACCAGAGGAAAUGUCCAACCUGACCCCAGAGUCGUCCCCAGAGCUGGCCAAGAAGUCCUGGUUCGGCAACUUCAUCAACCUGGAGAAGGAAGAGCAGAUCUUUGUGGUCAUCAAGGACAAGCCACUGAGCUCCAUCAAGGCUGACAUCGUGCACGCUUUCCUCUCGAUCCCCAGCCUCAGCCACAGCGUCAUCUCCCAGACGAGCUUUCGGGCCGAGUACAAGGCGACAGGGGGCCCGGCCGUGUUCCAGAAGCCGGUCAAGUUCCAGGUGGAUGUUACCUACACAGAGGGGGGGGAGGCCCAGAAAGAGAACGGCAUCUACUCUGUCACCUUCACGCUCUUGUCAGGCCCCAGCCGACGCUUCAAGAGAGUGGUAGAGACCAUCCAGGCCCAGCUACUGAGCACGCACGACCAGCCAUCCGUCCAGCAACUGUCAGACAGCACACAUUGUAUGGAAAUGUUGACGGGGAGGCUUUCCAAGUGUGACGAGGAGAACGGGCAGGCGGCCCAGGCCUCCAGCGCGCCCGCCAAGCGCAGUGCCCCCGGCCCGGUCGGUGACUCGGCGACCGCUGGGCCCGGCCCCAUGGGAGACGCCGAGUGCCCGCCGCGUGGAGGGAGAGAGCUGGAGGCGCGAGAGCAGGGGGAGGGCGGCCGCCGCCCGUCAGGACCCGGCCGCCGGACUCCAUCGCUGCUGGACUCCGUCGCCCCUGGGGCCCCGCACCCCCUGGGCAGACCUUCUGCUCGGUUCCUGUCCUUCAGCGUCAGCACCCGGGGACGGCCGGGGCGGCCGGGCUGCGGCCGGCGGGCUCACCUGCAUGCCCCUGCUGUCCCGCCUCGCCGCCCGCCGCCCCCGUAUAUAGAUUUUAAUGCCUCUGUUCCACGAACCUCUACGGCAGACCGGGUCUCCAUCCUAGAACAGGUGCACGCCUGCAAAGCAAGCGCCACGCGGUGCAAGCAGGAGGGCUCGCCCGCAGACAGGCGCACCCGCCGGAAAGCAAUACCUCCCGCGAGCCCUCUUCUUUUGUACUUCGGACACGCGGCCACCACGAGACAAACGGACAGCCCCCCAGUGUACCCUUGUCAAUAA